AUGAUUGAGCAGAAUGAAAUUCACGUCUUCUGGGAAAAUGCACAGAAGUACCUCUCGAAAGCACAGGUCUUAUGUCAAAAGUCCCAAGCUACUCUUACAAGCUCGCAAUCAAGGGUCACGGAGCUGCAAAGAACGGUAUCGAAAAUUCAGUUUACCUUAGGUUGCAUACACAAUCAAGCAACAUAUUUAGCUAAUGAUAUCUUAACGAAGACUAUUGGAAACCAGUUAAUUCAAAGAGAAUGGAAGAAAGUUGUAUUAGAUGAUAUGCUGAAAGAAAUGCAACACUGCCAAGAAAAAAUGGUGCUGAAGGUUGAAGCCCUUAGCAAUAUGGAGAACACUUUAAGCCAUGAUGGUAGGAAUUUGGCAGAUUUCAUAUCAAUGGAUAAUAUGCAUAUUCUAAAUGAAAAAUUAAAGGAUUUACCAGUGGUCAAAUCUCAGGUUUCAAAUAUAAUUGCCCAGUACGAAUCCCUUGUUGAAAAGGUUACCAAUCAGCUAUUAAAAGCAAGAGUUCGUAAGCUAGAAGAAGAAUUUAAUGACUUUUUUGUGUCGGACAGAGGUAAGUAUGUUCUUCUGGAUAACUAUUUGCAUGAUAUUCAUCAUUUAGAAGAAGAUUUGGUCGACAUAUUAAAAUCGUUAACUGCUCAUUUCGACAAGUGCACUUUGUUGAAAACCAAGAAAUUACCCACAAAGGAGCAAGAAGAACUAUUCAAGAUUGUAAAAAAUGAUAAUGCUGAGUUAGAAAGUAUCAUGGGUAUGCUUAUUGAUAUCAUAGUAGAUAUCAAUGAGUUGGCGGAAAACAUAACUUUAAAGAUAAGGCAAAAAGACAAAGAAAAACAACUGAUUAAGAAUUCUAUGGUUAAAAUACUCGGUGAUUUCACAAAAUAUGAAGAAUAUUUAUCUGUAUUUCAGGGAGUUAACGAGUCAAUUGCCAAUUUUAAGAAUUCUUGUAUCCAAGAUAUCAAAAAAGUUCAAGAAUUAUGUGAUUUUUAUGAUAAUUUUUUAAACAGCUACCAGCAACUAUUACGUGAGGUCGAUAGGAGGAGGAAACUGGCUGAGCGUAUGAAGUCUAUUUUGCAGAGUUGUGAAAAUCAGCUGGCUGAAUUGAAUAACUCUGACCUAAAAAAGAGACAACUGUUCCUAUUGGAACAUGGUGAUUACCUGCCGGAAAACAUUUGGCCCAAUAACAUUGAUGAUUUGGCACCACUAUAUACCUUGGACUACAACAUAAAAAAGAUUUAA